UAGCCAAAAAUGAAUACUCACCAACAAACUCAGAGAAGAUCGAACACAGAAAAUGAUCCUGGAAAUGAAGAUCACGAUCAUAAACACGAUGGGAAAGGUUGUUGCUCUGGUAACAAAGCUCAGCCGAAGCCGAUGGAUAUUUUUCAAGCUGUGAAGUCGGGGUAUUUGAUGAGAGUGCAGGAGCUGUUGGAGCUAGAAGGGCCUAGUAUUUUCACAGAGCAAGAUGAUAAAGGUCAUACACCGGUCCACUGGGCUUGCCUUGGUGGACUCGCGAACAUUGUCAGGAUCAUGGUCCAGUGUAAAGUCCCUUUGGAUACCCAGAGUAAGAAUGACCUUGGUGCUAGGCCGAUCCACUGGGCAUGUGUGAACGGCCACAUAGCAGUGGUAGAUAUUCUUCUCCAGGCUGGUGUAAAUAUAGAUACUGUAGAUAAUAAGGGCUGUUCACCUCUGAUCAUAGCUUGCCAGUACGGCCAGACACAGCUCUCUGGUUACCUCAUGGGUAAGGGGGCAAGGCUUCAACUCACCGACAGAGAAGGGGACAAUGCAUUGCAUUGGGCUGCAUUUAAAGGUUUCUGCGAGCUGACAAGAUUACUCAUUUAUUCUGGAUUCAACCCAAGACAAAAGGAUAACUAUGGUCAGACCCCCCUUCAUCUUGCCUGCAUCAAUGGUGACCUAAACACAGUCAAGAUGCUCUGUGAGCAGGAUGGCGUAGAGGUCGAUUUAGAGGACCAUAACCACAAGACACCCCUACUACUAGCUAAAGGACGUAACCAUACAGAGAUCAUGGGCUACCUUGACAAGGAGACAAAGAAUAUAAAGAGUGUCAUACCCAGGAUAGAUCUCAAAACUAUCAUGUUUGGUCCCCCGGGCAAUAGCAAGGCUCCAUUUCUUUUCUUUGUAAUCAGUGUACUAUUCUGGGGCUAUCCCAUGUAUGUUAUAAGGUGUUUUCCAGCCACAUUUGCAUCAUAUCCGGGUCUGCAUAUGGUCUUCAUAGCAAACAAUGUCUUCAUGUGGUUUACGUUUUACCAAGCUUACACAAAAGAUCCCGGCUUCUUGCCCAGGAAUUCACCAGAAUACGACCAGGCUAUUCGACAGGUUGCCCAGUUUGAUGAAUGGAAGCAAGGGCAAAAUCCACUGAGCAGAUUAUGUCAUACGUGUAGACUGGUCAAACCAUAUCGCACCAAGCAUUGCAGAACGUGUAACCGAUGUGUCCUUCAUUUCGAUCACCAUUGUCCUUACAUAUAUAAUUGUGUUGGUUUAAAAAAUAGAACAUACUUCAUGGGUUUUACGACUUCGGUAUCAACAAUGAUGAUUAUGGUAGUGUAUUUUGCUGCAAUCCUAUUAAGGAAUGAGGGAUGGAACUGGCUUUAUCUUAUCGGUAUCAUUGAAGCCGUAUUCUUUGGGAUCAUCGCUACCGGUCUGUGCUCAAUAGGGUGGUACAUGGCCGUGGUCAACAUCAACACCAACGAGCGCAUCAACUUCAAGCGAUACAAUUACCUCAAGGACGCCAGCGGGAACUAUCACAAUCCCUACGACAAGGGCAUCCUCCGCAAUCUUGACGACUUCUUCCGGGGCAAGAACCACAUGACAGACGAGGAGGUUGACCAGUCUAGAAUCUAUGUUGUAUGAUAUUACCACCUGCUAAUAAAACUAUAUUUAUAUUUUGCUGGGAUAUUGUCGAAGUCGGCCUUGAGGCCACGUUUUGCCAGCCUUGGCUUCGGGCCAAGUCACAUGUACAGUAUCUAUGGGAUAAGGUUUUCUCCAGUAGACUUGAGACUCAGAAGUGCUGGCCUCGAUUACAUCCCUGAUCGUUAUUCUCUACUGUUUAUCAGCCCAUACAUGUACGUACCAAGGUCCCGUUUCAUAAAGACUUGAUUUAAUCAACCAAUUAACAAUUUCUACAACAAGUCUACUACUGUAUAAGCUGUUAUUUUCGCGGAUUUCGCGAAUUGCCGAUCGGCCGUGAAUUUAACAACACACAAAAAUAUUGACACAUUUAUUAGUCAGUGCCAAUAUCCCCGACAGCAAAGCUCUCCUGUUGAAAACAUUCUGUGUAGUGUAAAAGUGGAGAUAUGCACCUCUAUAUGUACAAAAAUAAGGUUUAGAAAGUACAGUUAUUGAUUCAAAAAGUUAGCUAGAAUUUAACUUCUUUUAUUUCGCAAACAAAAUCAGAGCCUAAACUAUUUUCUUACAUAAUUUUUAUCAAUAUUUAUUCACUCACUGUAAUAUUACAAUGUAUUUUCCAUGAAAUAAUUUGAUUUUAUUGUCAUCUGAUUGACUAUAUACACACAUAUUGGCAGCUAUUUGCAUACUCAUUAAUAUUCAUAAGUCACAUGACCAGAGCUUUCAGAUGUGUAAGAUUCUGUUCACAAAAUUCAACAUUUUUGCACUUUUACCAACUUUUUGAGAAAUGAAUCUAACAAAACACAAAUUCCAAAGAUCGCUUAACCCUAUGGAUUACAGAUCAAACUGUGACAUGAUGAAUUCUUAGAUCUAAAGGUAAAAUAAAUAGAAAUUUAAGCCACCUUUUUCCACUUUUUGUAACUGUUUUUAUAGGGACAUAUUUGUGUACAAAACACACAUCCGCAAAGUGAAUUUGAAGAGUAUUGAUUUGCACAUGAUUUGCACUAGUUUUGCUUCUUUGAAAUGCAGUGGAAGUGUUUUGUACUUCUUCCGAUCGCGAAUUUAACAACCCGCAAGCGACUUUGCUCUGUAGGCGAAAAUAACAGCUUGUACAGUAUCAUCCAAUCAGAUUGGAUGAUUUCAGUAGCUUUAAACUGUUAUUUAAAUUUGUAACAAGUUUUGUGAAAUGGACGCUCGGACGAUGCUAUGUUUUUACUGGAUGAUGUCACAGAGAGCAACUUGCUGUUUUGUAGCCCUUUUGUACGGUAAAACGGCUAUAAAACAGAGAAAUAGUCCAAUUAGUUUAUCUCCAUAGACUUAAGUUCAUGAAACAGGUACAAAUGGCUAAUUUUGUUUAUUUUACACAGCUUUGCUCACUCACUGCGUGUAUUUUGUACUACGCAUAUUUAUUUUAACCUUUUAUUUUUGCUGGUAUCUUAUCCCCCUGACCCUUAUUGCAAUGGUAUAUGAGCUGAGCAUGAUGCUAUAUGUUGUAUUUGGUUACUCUAUGCAGAUCUCUGUGCCCAGUUUUGGUAGCUUAGGGGCUAAAUGUAUGUGCUAGUAUUUAUUCUUGUUCUUUGAGAAUGAAUCCAAUAUUCGGUCCUCAUCUUUUCCCUGUAUCAUGAGCAAUGGGGGGGGGGGGUGGAUUGGAGAGGCUCUGUCACCACGAGAUGGACACAAUGUUCGUACGUGACCUUUCAAAAUUGGCACCAACACCAUCGUUCAUUUUCAAAAUAUCCAAAGGAAGUAAUUUAUCAUGUCCCACCAUAUAUAUUGCCUCAGAUAUUCUAUUUUCCUGAUAGAAGAUGAAAUAUAAUAUACCGUUUACACAUAUUAGGGUGUAGAACAAUAUAGCCUUUCCCCUUUCCCACUGUACGUGCAUACAUGUACAUGUACAUCUGCUGGCCAUGGAAAGCAAACCCUGUUACAUUUUUUUUUGGUACUACAUGUAGCAUGGUGUCCUAUUAAUGGCCAUGAUCCCCUGGGGCUUCAGAUCCACCGCAAAGGCCAGUCUUUCAUGGGAAAUAACAUCCCCCUUUCCUCCCUGAUGGUUCCUGUGAGGCGUUUUAUCAACAAUCAAAGUCUGCCAGGUUGCCAAAUCUGAGAACUUUCCUUGGAUUUGAUUAGCUGAGAAACACAUUGUCUCUGGGCUGUUGAAACCUUGUAUCUCAAAAUUGAAAUGUUUUGAUGACAGCUCAGAAUAAGCUUGAUUUUAGAGUAUAACAUGGGAAGCAGCCUCCCUUUGCCUAGGAAGGGUUCUUUACAGGUAUCAGGAGAAUGUGUCACACAAUAUAAGAAUGUCACCAUUGCCAUACAUGUAUUUUGAAACUUCAGCUUUUUCUAAGCUGCCCUCAAAAUACUUACAUUUUGAGAUACGAGGUUUUAACAGCCCAGCAACAAUGUGCACCUGACUGUUACUAUGGUAACUGUCAGAAUUUGACAACUUCCAUGAAUCUAGCGUAAUAUUUAUUUCCAAUUCAACUCAUCUUCCAUGAUUUAAAGUAAUGCUAAAAACCAGAGAUGCCGCUAUAUUUUCGCCCAUAGAAAACACCUUUUCAUGUAGGAAGAGGUAAUUGUAGAUGAUCAUUAGACAUUUUCUUAUCUCUGAUAAACAGAAUGAAAAGGCUAGAUGUUAUUCCAUGUUUUAUUUUAGUUAAUUUCAGUGGUGUGGGACACACAUCCCCAAUAAAAAAAAAGAUAAAAAAUUGAAAGAUUUGAAUAACUUUAAUUUUUGUUGCAGAAAAAUUGAUGUUUCACUUCAGGAAUAUGCUAAAUUAAGUACUGACCACAAACUAACAAGGGAUGUCAUAUAAUCUUGCAUUUUGCAGGUUUGUUAUCGUGAAUAAAAAAUGUUGAUCUUCUCUCGUGUUGAUCAUUUACAAUAUGCAAAAUAUUGCAAAUAGAUAUCUGGUAUUUUAACAGAAUCUUUUAAUAAAAGACUUUGAAUAUAUUUCUAAUAGUGGAAGAGGCAUAAGAACAGUCAAGAAUCCAGAGAUCAACACGUGGUUAUUUUACCUAGUAAUAAUUCAUUUAAAAUGACAAAUUUUUACUUAUUUCAUUUUAUUAUGAUUAAUAUUUUUAUUAUUAUUUUGAAGGGGUUUGAUACUGAGACAAAGUUUUAUGGCGAACGGGGUUUGCGCAUGAAGCGCCGGAACUCUGGAAUAGUAUCCCACACAAGUUGAUACAAUUGGGCAAUUUAAAUCUGCAUUGAAAACAUAUUUAUUUAACUGAAAAGAAUAUUAUCAAAGCAUUACCAGAAGCUUCCCUCAUCUUUUCCUUUUUUUUCCUAAAGCGCAUUGAGACCUUUGUAAGGUGUAAUGCGCUAUACAAAAGCUGUUCUAUUAUGAUUAUUAUUGAGUGUUUGUUUACUAUGGAAAAUUAUAUUUGAACCUUGCCAUUUUAUUAUUUCCUAUUGAAAUUGCAAACUUCUAAUCUCUUACCUUAUUCAGCAUUUACCCCGUUCUACUGAUAUUUAUGCACUACGAGUAUAUGUAUGUGCAAUUUAAAAUGAUAAUCUAAUCUUAUCUCGAG